ACUGGUCCGGUGGUAGCUACAGAAGCAGCAUCUGUUGUAACUGGUCCAGUGGUAGCUAGGGUAAUGUCGUCAGUUGCAACUGCUCCAGUGGUAGUCGCAGUACUAGCUACAGAUGAAACCGACCCAGUGGUAGCUACAAUAGUAGCAUCAGUUGCAAGUGGUUCAGGGGUAGUUACAGUAGUAGCCUCAGUCGUAACUGGUCCAGUGGUGGCUGCAAUAGUAACAUCUGUUGUAACUAGUCCCGUUGUAGCUAGGGUAAUGACCUCAGUUGUAGCUGGUCCAGUGGUUGCUUCAGCAGUGGCAUCAGUUGUGACUGGUCUAGUGGUUGUUGUAAUAAUGGUGUCAGUUGUGAUGGGUCCGGUAGUAACUACAGAAGCAGCAUCAGUAGAUGCCAAUCCAGUGGUACUGACGGCAGUAUCGCCGGUUGUAACUGGUCCAAUGGUAGUGACAGUAGUGACGUCAGCUGUAACUGAUCCGGUGGUAGCUCCAGAGGUAGCCUCAGUUUCAACAGGUCCAGUGGUUGCAAUGCUAGAAGCGUCAGUUGUAACUGGUCCAGUGGCAGUUGCAGUUGAAGCUUCACUCGUAAUUGGUCCAGCUGUAGGUGCAGUAGCAGCGGCAGUAGUGACAGCUUCAGAGGAAGCUAGAGUAGUAGCGUCAAACGUAGCUGGUGCAGUUGUAGCUGUAGUAGCAGCGUCAGCAGUGAUAGAUUCAGUGGUAGGGACAGAAGUGGCAUCAGAUACAACUGGUUUAGAAGUAGCGACAGCGGUAACAUCAGUAGUAGCUGGUCUAGUUGUAGCUGAAGUCGUAGGGUCAGUAGUCAUAGUUUCAGUAGAAGCGACAGUAGUGGCGUCAGAUGCAGCUGGUGCAGAGGUAGCGACAGUAGUAACAUCAGCUGUAACUGGUCUAGUAUUACCUGCAGUAGUAGUGUCCGUAGAAACUGGUCCACCAGCACCUGCAGUAGUAGCGCCAGCUGUAAGUGGUCCUGUGGUAGCAGCCGUUGUAGCAUCUGUUGCAACUGUUCCAGUUGUUGCUGCACUGGUAGCUUCAGAAGAAACUGAUCCACUUGUUACGACAGCAGUAUCGUCAGUUGUAAUUUCUUGAGUGCUAGCUGCAGAAGCAGUGUUAGUUGUAGCUAGUCCAUUGGUAGCUACAGUAGUAACGUCAGUUGUAGCUGGCCUUGUUGAUGUUAGAGUAGUGGUAUCAGUUAUGAG